AUGAUGACCAAACCAUUUGUGAAGAGCGGGGACGUGAGUGAGCUGGUGAGCUCCCUCAGCUGGCUCGAGGAUGAGGAGGAGGAGGAGGAUGACGACGGCAGCUCACAGGACGGAGACGAGUACCCAGACAUGAGGACCCGCCUUGGUCUGAAUGUCCGCUCCUGCACAGAGCUGGGCAGUGAAGAUAUGGAGGAGGAGGAAGAGGAUGAGAAUGGCGAGAAUGGACAAAAUGGAGAGCAGGGUCCCAAAAGGAGAGGCCCCAAGAAGAAGAAGAUGACCAAAGCACGACAGGAGAGGUUUCGUGUCCGGCGGGUCAAGGCCAAUGCCAGAGAACGCUCCCGCAUGCACGGGCUGAACGAUGCCCUGGAUUGUCUCCGCAGAGUCAUGCCCUGCUACUCCAAGACACAGAAGCUGUCCAAAAUUGAAACUCUACGCCUGGCACGCAACUACAUCUGGGCCCUGUCCGAGGUGCUGGAGAGUGGCCAAUCCACAGAGAGCAACGGCUUCAUGGAGAUGCUGUGCAAAGGUUUGUCUCAGCCCACCAGUAACCUCGUGGCCGGCUGCCUGCAGCUGGCACCCACUCCGAUGAUGCUCACCAAGCUGGAGGACAAGUGUGGCGGCCCCGGGCAGGGCGGUGUGGGGGGUCAGGCUGGCCAUCCCCUCAGCUACCCGUCCCCAGGCCUUCCCAGCCCCCCCUAUGGCUCCCUGGAGGCAUCCCACCUCCUCCACAUGAAGGGAUUCAAAGGGCCUGUGUACGACAACCCCUCCUCAAACGAGUGCAGCAGUGGCACUCCGCCAUACGACGGGCCCCUCACCCCUCCCCUCAGCAUCAGUGGCAACUUCGCCCUGAAGCAUGAGCCCUCUCCCCACGAGUCAGAGAGGAACUACGCGCCCCACCCCGGCCACCAUGCCCACUACCUCAUGUCGCACCACUACCCCACCUCCACGACAGGUGUCCUACCAGGUGGGCCUCAGGGUCACCCGCUGUUUCAGGCUUCCCGCUAUGAGCUGCCCCUGGAUGUGGGCUUUGACUCCUUCGCUCCCUCUCACCUGAUCCCCACUCACAUGGGUAACAUCUGA